AUGUUUUUUAUAGUAUUGAUUUUAAUUUUGGCUAAAAUUAGUCAAUCAAUUAAUUGUGUGCAAUAUUUGCAUUCACCAUAUGUGGAAAAGACGCCAAAGAAAGCGAAAUCAUCCAAUGACAUCUGUGCUGGUGAUCUUUGCUUUGCUUUCUACCGAAGUGUCGACAAUUUGACGAUUCAUGGCUGUGUAAAUGGAAUGAAAUAUUAUAUUCCUGGUUGUUAUUUUGAAGAGAACAAUGUCACAAUGAAAAGAACGAGUUUCUCUAUCGAUUACACAUACUUUUGCCUAUGCAAUCACACAGCUAUGUGCAACGAAAAUGAAUUUUUGCUAACGACUAGUGAGGAAAUGGUCAAAUUUGGAGAUAAUCGGUUGCCGGUGAAGUAUUUGGUGAAGUCAGUUAAAUGUCUCAAGUAUCAGCUUACUCAAUCGAGUAAAGGCCUCACAAUUGUUGGGGCCAACGGUACCACCGAAGUUACAUCGAAAGCUUGUUCAUUAACAGGAAGUGCCACGAUCCCCGUUCGUGAUGGUUCAUGGUCAUCAGCUAAAUGGACGGGUGAAAUCAUUCCUAUGACAUACAAGGAGUCAUUGUUCAUGCUUGAGGAUUUGAUCUCGAAUCGGCAAUUCUUUCCAAUUUACAAUGGAGGUCUAUAUGCUUGGCAAAUCUCGCAAUAUGACAUCAGCGUCCUAAUGCAUUGUGAUUGGGACUACUGUAACAAUGUGACCUCAUUAACAUCACUUCUCAAUCAACAAACCGUCGAAUGCUAUUCGAGUUUAAACAGUGGCGGGAAUACGAUCAAUUGCAGGGCACAGGCUUGUUUUUUAAUCUAUUUCUCGGAAGAAAUGGCUUACCUUUUGGGAUGUUUUUGGCAAGAUUCGAGUAAAGCACAAGGACGGAUCGAGGUUGGGAGGAUUCAAAUCACUCCCAAAUUCUACAUGAUACUUUGCGCGGAAAACUUCUGCAAUCAAAAUCCCGCUGCCGCUGCAACAUCAAUUCGCAAUUUCAAUUCAUCACUUCAAAGCCUUUUUCCAUUCGUUCAAUGGCCACAAUCUAUUCUGGAUAAAUCUGAUACGACCACUUCAUCAUCUGCAUCUUCUGCCCAAUCGACUGAAGGUCCAAUCGACUCCACCACUUUCGACUCUUUCUCCACUCAACCGCAACCGAUUUCUCAUCAGAAAAAGGCCUCUAAUUAUUCACUACAACAGAUUGAAGCCACCGUUUUCUAUAAGCUAAAUGAAAAGGCAAAAACAGAGAAAGAAGUCUAUCAAAGAAUGCCAGAGGAAACUUAUGCAACAUUGGCUGAGAAUUUUGAUGGCUCGUCCGAUUAUCCAGGUGUCACUUAUGGACAUCGAGUGAGUGAAGUGGGUGAAGAUUUCGAA